AUGGGUCUCCAAUACGACCUCCCAACCACCCAAACGGCCAUCAUCGCUGGACCAACCGGCGAGUUCCAGCUCUCCCACGAUGUCCCCGUCACCCCGCUCGCCGACGAUGAAAUCAUCAUGAAGACCGCAGCGGUAGCCCUAAACCCCGUCGACACAAAACUCAUCGGCGACUUCAUAACCCCCGGCGCAAUCUUCGGCUUCGACUGCGCGGGCGUGAUCGUAGCCGUGGGUCCCAAAGUCACCAACGGCCUGGCCGUCGGCGACCGCGUCUGCGGCAGCGCCCGCGGCAUGAACAGAGCAAAGCCCCUAGGUGGCGCCUUUGCAGAAUACGUGAUGCUCCCGGCUGAUCUGACGCUACGGAUUCCCGAGGCAAUGUCGUUUGCCGAGGCAGCGUCGCUGGGCACGGCGCUGGUGUCGGCGUGCAUGGCGCUCUUCUGGACGAUGGGCAUCCCAGCGAGUCUGCAGGAGCCGGCCGAGAAGCCUUUCCCUGUUCUGGUUUACGGUGGGAGCACGGCAACGGGAACGAUGCUGCUGCAGGUGUUGAAGAUUUGCGGAGUCCGAACGCUCACCACCUGCUCGCCCAAGAACUUCGACCUCGUGCGCUCCUACGGCGCAGACGAAGUCUUCGACUACGCGUCCCCGACCUGCGCCGAGGAAAUCCGCGCCGCAACGCGCAACAACCUAAAGUACGCCGUCGACUGCAUCACCGACUCCUCGACCAUGAAAAUCUGCUACGGCGCAAUCGGCCGUGCGGGCGGCCAGUACAUCGCUUUGAACCCGUACCCCGAGAACCUGGCCACGCGCAAGGUCGUCAAGCCCGGCUGGAUCCUGGCGACGCUGAUUACGGGUGAGGGGAGUGCGUGGCCGGAGCCGUAUAACCGCGAGCCGGACCCUGAGAUUCGGAAGCUGGCGAAGCCGGCGUAUGGGGCUGUGCAGGAGUUGUUGGAUCAGGGGCGGUUGAGGGCGCAUCCGAUUAGGGUUAGUGGGGGUGGGUUGGAGAAGGUGCUUGAGGGGGUGGAUGUGUUGCGGAAGGGGGAGAUUAGUGGUCAGAAACUAGUGUAUUGUUUUGAUUAG